AUGGAUUGUAAGAAAUGGGAUCGCAUUUUAGUGGACUGGGUAAAUUGUUUGAAAUUAUGCAAACCUAUUCAAAAGUUAGAUGAGUUAAAAGAUGGAAUAUUCUUUACAAAUUUGCAAAAGCUUUUGAGGAAAACUACCGAAAUAGAUACAGAUGUGCUAACAUGCCUAUUUCGAGUACUGAAUCAACAUUAUCCUGAUUUUAUCAUAGAUAAUAAGGCGAAUAUUCACCUUACCGACCUAUCUCCAAGCGAAUUAUCUACGAUUACUUCUCUCUUGCUUCACUACACAUGUAUACAUGACAGAAGAGAUGUUCUGACUUCUCCUUUAUGUUAUAAUUUGCAACAGAUAACUCAGAUUUGUAUAAAGAAUUUUCUUGAGAAAAUUCAAGUAUGCUCGAAAAUUACAAACGAAGAGUUAAUAAGUAUAAUUCAGUGUUGUGUGAAUGAGAUAGAAAAAAAACCUGAUAUAUCUUGCCAUUUACUAGCUGUUGUAAAUUCGCCGAUUAAUAAAAAGAGUCCUUUACAGGAUCUUUUGAAAACUCCCGCAAGUAAGAAUGUUAGAUUACUGGAGAAGGAAAGAGAGUUAAAUAAAUUAAAGACAGAAUUGGAAUUGGUUCAGGACGAAAAGGAAUCUUUAGAAGAAGAUUUAAAAUUGCAAAUUGAAAAUAAUACUAGAUUGGAAAAGCAGUUACUCCUGAAAGAAACAGAAAUAUCAAGGUUAAGAAGUGAGGUUUUGGUUCUGGAAGAUAGAACACCACCUCAUUAUCAAGAUAAGGAUUCCAGAGAAACUCAGAGAAUUUUAAGAACAAAAAUAGAGAGCUUGGAACAGAUAUUGGAACAGUGCGAUAAAGAAAUAAAAGAACUUAUAGAUGAAAGAGAUGCUGAAAAAUCUCAGGUUAAAACUUUGGAGGCACAAUGCAAACUGUGGUUAGAGAAAUUCAUAGAAAGUGAUAACAAACUGCAGUGUCUCUCGGAAGAGUCAAAAGAACGGGACACUAAAUUUAUAAAUCUCAGUGCCCACUGUCGUGAAUUAGAAACUUUGUUAGACGAGCUGAAAGGUGAAAACAAGAAUGACAGUUUUAUUGAAGAAAGCUUUCAGAGUCUUGGUAAUUUGGACAUUACGAGGAAAAACAUGGAGCCGUUACCUCCUUCUGAUGAGGAUCUUGCACAUUCCGUUGUUGAUAUACAGCUGAAGGAUGUUCAAAGAGAAAACGAACAGCUUAAAUCCGCACUUUCUGAAGCAGAAACUGAUUCAGAAAGAUUAAAAGAAAAUAUUAGUAAACUUCUGCAAGACUUAGAGUUACUGAAAACUGAGAAGAAUGAUUUUCAGGAUGCGUUGAAGAAGAGAAACAGUGAUUGUGAAGAACUGGCUUUGGAACAUGAAAACUUAGAAAUGCAAUAUAAAAUAUUAUUUGAACAAAAUGCAACUGUUACGAAACAAAAAGAAAAACUAAGCGAAGAAUUGGAAGAAUUUUUAAAGAAACAUGAACAUAUUGUCCUUGAACUGACAGAAGCCUUACAAAAAAUUACUGAUGUGUGUCAACAACUGGAAAGGGUGCAAUCCGUGAAGGAAGAAGUUUCUAAUAAACUUGAUUCAAAAGUAAAAGAAUUGGAAGCGGCAUUAUUGGAGAAGCAAGAAAUUUUCGGUAAGCUGCAGCAAGUGACAAACGAGAAUGCAGAAAAUCGCGAAAAUUUAGAAAUUGAGAAAUUAAAAAAUAAAAAGAUUUCCAAAGACCUUGAGAACAUAUCGGACAAAUUAAAAGUCACUGUUGAAGAGAAGAAGAAAAUGGUUGAGGGAUUUGAAACAGAACGGUUGGAAAAGAAACAGAUUUCAAAAAGUUUAGAGGAAGCUUUACGAGAUUUGAAUGAUGCGAUUUGUGCAAAAAAUCAGAUUAUACAAAAGAAGUCGGUUAUUUUGGAACAACUUGAUAAAUUCAACUCGAAGAUGAUACAAGCAAACGAACAAAUUUGCUCUAUUACCAAUGAAUUACAAUCACUUACUUUAGAAAGAAAUAGUCUUCAAGAGGAACUGGACAAAGUUGUUAAAGAAAAUUGUGAAAUUUGUGAUAAUCUGGGAAAUCUCUCCAAAAAUUUAGAAAAGGUCUUCUACGAAAAGCAAGAAAUACUUGAAAAAUUCGAAGAGAAAUCUGAAGAAAUGGAAAAAGUGCUUUCCGAAACAAACGUACUAACUGAAACGUUAAACAAGGUCAGUGAAGAAAAAUUGCAUUUAUUCGAAAAAUUAAACAAAAUUCAGUCAGAAUACAGUGACACAGAAAACAAACUCAAAAUAGUCUCAAAGAAUUUACGUGAGGUGCUUCUUGAGAAAGAACAUCUUCUCAAAAAUGAAGAACUAUUGACUUCCCAUUUGGAAAGUGUUACAUUCGAAAAAGAAAUUUUAUCCAAUAGAUUAAAUGAUGUAUUUACGGAGAACUUAAACGUUUCUGAAAAACUUAAAAAUGCAAACGUAGAAAACAAGAAGUUGUCUGAAAAUAUAGAUCAACUUAAUCAAGAAAAUAAACAACUUUCUGAACAACUAAACAAUAUUGCUAACGAGAAAAACGAUUUAUUUAAAAGUUUAAUGGAAAUUACUAAAGAAAAGGACAAAGCUAAUGAAAAUUUGGCUAUUCUUAAAUUAGAGAAAAAUGCCACAGAUGAAAAUUUACAAGAAAUGUUUGCAAAAUUAAACGAACUUAACAAGGAAAAGGCACAGUUCUUUGAGGAAUUAGAGAGCAGUAAACUUGAAAUUAUUCAAACAAGGAAAAAACUGGACGCAACAUUAAGCGAACACCAAGAACUUGUUCUAGAAAAAGAGAAGGUUUUGGAAGAAAUUAAAAUUUUAAAUACAAAAUUAGAAAUAAACGCCAAUGAAAAUAAUGAAUUAUCUAUUAAAUUAGAUAAAGCUCUUCUAGAAAAUUCGAAUAUUUAUAAGCAGCUAGACGCAUCUGAGAUUAAAAUGAAAACAACCAUCGGAAAUUUGAAUCAAGUGCUACAAGACAAAGAACAACUUCAUUGCCAAUUAGAGAGUAUUAUUAAAGAGAAAAACUCGCUAUCCGAUAAUUUAAAUGAAAUUUUAUCUGAAAAAGACAAGACGGAUAAAGAACUGGACAAACUAAAAAGUGAAAAUCAAACAAUGUCGGAAAAUCUACAAAAAAUUUCAGAAGAGUACAAAGCUGCUAAUCAUACGCAAGAUCAGAUGUCUGAAAAAUUACAGCUUGUGGAAGAGACGUUAAGUGAAUAUAUUUUAGAGAAUAAUCAGUUAUGUGAGAAAGUAAAACAGAUGUUAGAAGCAGAAGCGCAACAUAAUGAAAGAAUACAGAUCAUGAGAUCAGAGAAAAUAGACAUCGCACUAGGUUUAAAAGAAUACUGGCAAAAGUUAGAAGGAAUCGUCCCAGAUAAGUGCCCAAACUUCGAAAUUUCUGAAGAGAAACAAGAACUUCAGCAGAUAAUUACGCAAACGUUGGAGACGAUAACUUCACUAUUAGAAAAUGUUGUUUCCGAGAGAAAUAGUUUCGAGGAAAAAAAUUUAGAUAUAUCUCAGAAAUUACAUAUAUUGGAAGAAAGAUUAACGGAAUCAGAUGAAGAGAAAUCCCACAUCUGUGAACAAUUAAAGUCUGUUGCUUUAGAAAAAUCAAAUAUAUCAAGUAAAUUGAAUGAAACUGUUGAAGAAAGACAGAAAAUUAGCGAAGAUUUUAAAGAACUAUGUCAUAAACUAAAAGACCUGUCUGAUGAAUUAAAAGUAAUAAAAUCUGAAAGAGAACUGCUUUUGGAAAAUUUAAAAAUAGUUACCGAAGAAAAACGUAUUACCACUGAAAAAUUAGAAAAAACUCAAGCCGAAAAAGACCAAGCUGUUGAGAAUUUGUCACAUAUUUCACGGGAAAAGGAACAGGAAUUGCAAGACCUUGAUAUUAGGAAUAAAGACCUUCUAAAGAAAUUAGAAACAGUUACUUUAAAAAAUGAAAGAUUGACGGAAAAAAUAGAAGUGCUCCUAAAGGAAAAAGAUAAAACUUGUACAGAAUUACAAAUCAUGAUUUCAGAGAAACAAGAAAUACUAGACAAGUUGGCGAAUGCUAUGAAAGAUAAAACUGAAAUGUUGAGUAAAGUCAAAGAGGCUCUAAAAGAAAAGAACGACAUAUGUGAGCAGUUGCAAAAUGUUAUACGUGAAAGGGACGAAUUGGAGAGACUCAUUGAAGAAAAUAACGAGAAGUCUGACGAGCUUUUACAAGAAAAACAGGUUAUUUCCAAGUUUUUAGACCUCAAUACCAGUCAACUGCGAAAGGUAAGUCAAGAAAAAGAAGAUAUUCUAGAGGCACUUGAAAUGAGCAACAAAGAAGUUGAAAAGAUUUUACAAGAAAAAAACGAAGUAAUCGAACAAAUGUCGCAAGAGAAAAUUCAUCUGCUGGAACAGCUUACUAGAAGAUCCGAAGAAAAAAUCGAGCUGGCCGAAUCUUUACAAUUAAGCAAAAAGGAACUAGAGGCUGUACUAAAGGAAAAAGAUGAUUUUUCUAAACAAAUUUGUGUACUAACUAAUGAGUGCAAAACAUUAGAAAGAACUUUGGAAGAAUUACAGAACAGAUCAGAAAAAGUAUCUCGAGAAAAAGAUAACAUUUCGGAACAAUAUGAAAGGAUUUGUAAAGAAAAAGCCGAAUUUUCCGUACAACUCGAUAAAGUCUCCCAAGAAAACGUGGAUAUAAAAGAACAAUUGUUUAUAACUUCGCGAGAAAAAAUGCAGUUAAUCCAGUCCUUACGAGCUAUUAAAAAUGCACUGGGCACAACAGCUGAAGAAACAGAAGGUUAUGAAGAAGUCAUCAAGAAAAAGAUACUAACGAUGCAGUCUCUUGAAAUCAGAAACAAAGAAUUUUCGGUGGAACUGGAAGCUAAAUCUAAAACAAUACAAAAUUUAGAAAAGCAACUUGAACGUGCCCUUAAAGAAGAACCAAAAACAGAGUGUCGUCUUCCAGAACACAAAGACAUAUUAGAGACGAUUAAUAAGCUGUCCAGAGAAAAAAUCGAACUUGCUGAUUCCUUAGACCUCAUAACUAAAGAACUAGAAAAACUGUCACAGGAGAAGCACGACUUAGCGGAAACUUUUGAAAAGACUUGCGCCGAGUUACAAAAAGUGAAAAAGAAUAGAAACGAGAUCCUGGAAAGCCAAACGAAAAUAAUGAAAGAAACGGAAAACAACAUACUGCUUGCUCACGAAAACGCAAUAGAAGUAAAAAAUGAUUUAAUAAAACGUAUCGAACUUGCGGAGAACGAAAAACAAAACUUAAAGAAGCAUUUGGAAAGUGAUUUGCAAGUGAUGAGGCAGGCGUACGCCAAUGUUGUCAGUACAAACUCGAAAUAUGAAUUGGAGAAUGUGAACCUGCGUAAAAAAAUCGAGGAUAAGAAUAAACAGUUAGCUGAUUGUGCACAAAUUAAAGAAGCCUAUGAGAAAUUAUUGGAGGAAAACAACAAGUUAAUGACAGAAAUUGAUACCAUAAAAUACAAAAGGGAGAGGGACAGAGAGGAUUUCACAAAUUUAUUGAAGAAACAACGGAUGGAAGCCAACUCGAAAGAAAGUAAAAAAAUCAGGGAAGUCCGGAAUGACUAUGAAGCAAAACUAGAGAAGAUGAAGGACAAAAUGCUGAAACUGUACAGAGAGGAAAUCAACAAAGAAAUGGCUAAAGUCAAGGCGGAACAAAAUGAAACGACGUAUUGUCAGAAAACUAUAAAUGAGCUCAAAAGUAGCUUAUUUGAAGCAGAACAGAAAAUUCACCUUAUUGAAACAGAGCGAGAUAUGCGUCAUAUAAAGGAAUCCAAGAGAGAGUCUGAGAACAAUAGUGUAAGUACUGCGCAGCACAGUGCUGUGUCUAAGAAUACCAAAAAUCAACCAGACUUCAAUCAACUCACGAGGAGAACAAAAAGUUCAACCAUGAUACAAGUGCCUGGUCAGAAGGGUGAACGAAAGAUGGCGACGUUACCCAGGUCGAAUUUUACAGAGGUCCAGGAAACAGUUACAAUUUCUAGGAGGACCUCAAUCACUGGGGUACCAAGCAGUAUUGGCCAUAAUAUUGAAAUGGAAGACGAAGAAGAUGAUCUCUUUAAUAACAAAUAUUUGGUAGAUCUAAAAGAGGGACGUUGCACACUACCUUUAACAGGUCGUGAAUCUAACGCUAAUAGGUUUUCUGAGCUGGCUUGGAGAAAUUCAUUGGUGCCGCCUCACCUAAAGAGCUCUUAUCCAGCUGAAACGCAAUUUCUCAGUCCGACACAUUUUAAAGAAGAUGAUAUUAAGAUGGGCAAUGUCGAGGGAGAUGACAGCAUGUGUCGUCUCCUUCCUGGAGAAAAACCACGCCAAAGAAAAGACAUUGGUACAACCUCUUAUAAGAAGCCAGGCCCGCCCACUCCGAGCAAGAACGGAGGACGUUUGUCUUUACAAGGCAAUGAAAUACAACCUCUCAGGGAACAUAACGACAAAACCCCUAAAAAAGUGACCCCGAGCAGAAUCAAAGCACUUUUCAUGGGACGUCCCAGCAGCAACAGUUUGAGGGAAAACUCUGAGAAUCAGAGUGUCACACCCAGGACCAAACGGUUAAGUAUAUUUAGAAAACAAAGAUAAACAUUCAAUUUCUGUAAAUAGUCUUAUAUUUAUUUUUUUAUAAUUAAUGAUUUUUAAUGAUUUAAUUAAUGUUUG